AAUUGAAUUCGAUUUAUCGAUUAUAGAAAACGUGAAAAACUCGCUACAUCGAUAUUUCUCGAAACUUAUCGAUAUCGUAAUUAGCAGCGCCUCUAUUUUUCACAAUGCGAAUUGCCUACUAUUUCUCCAUCUUUAUUUUUCUUUUUUGUCGUUCCUUUCGUACCAAUUGAAAAUUCCCUAUGUACAGGGAAUUAUUGUAGGAACCCCUGACAAAUAGAACGUGCAUUGGUGGUUGCGUACCAACCCUCGGUCAGUCGAUAUCUUGCGCACGGCGCGAGUGGUACGCAGUAACGUUGGGGGCGUUGUCUACGCUUUUUCAAUACGUAUUCUCGUCAAUUGUUUUCUGAAAUACUAUAAACCGUUAAAUAACGCGUAUAAAACGAAUACUUUAAAAACAUACUGGAACAGUGUAUCGUGUUAUAAAUUACGAUAAAACCGUAUUUCAGUUUUCGUCGUGUAUUUCGAACGACAGGAAUCGAUUGCAAUCGCUAUAUAAUUUAUUCUCAACGUAGGUCAAGUUCCGCAUGCACGAAGAUGCGUUAGUGGUUAUCGUCGGUGUUUAAACAUUCGAUGGUCGACAGGUGUGCACGAUUUUUUUUUUAUUUCGGUCCUAAUAUCGAUUCCCAGGCGUCCAAGUUUCAGCGAACACGUAGAAGUGUCUUCUAACGUAGCGACGUACGUGAAAAGUUUUGCCCCUCGGUUUGAUGAUACGUCAGGGUGGAGAUACGAAAGAAUUGCUUGCAUUAAGCCCACAAAUUUUUGUGACAGUAAAGUUUCAAGAAUAAUGGUAAAUAUUUGAUUCCGUAGAUCGGUAGAUGCUCGAAUCCGGACCUAACCGAGCAGUCGGGAGAAAAAAAUGUGAGGUUUAUAAAACCUUGAGGACAAUGAAGCGCGUUCGCGAAAAUCGCGAAAAUCGCGAAAAUCGGUAAACGAAAGACGUUGCAACGUGUACGUCGAAUAGUAGGCGUGUGCGUGGACGCUGGUGCGGCGUCCGUGGUGUCGCGUAAAUGAAAAGGUGGAAACGCGAUAGUUGAUUUUCGAGCGCGGAAAUGAACCUGCUAAAGUAUCGACGAUAAAGCAGAAGCGGCGGAGGGGUUGACGAGGGGCUGGCGAUUAGGGCGAGGUUCUCGCGCGGAACGGAACGAAGAUAGGCGGUUUGGUGUUGCUUGAAAUGGACUCGGUCGCGGUGACAGUGCCGCUUCGUCAACCGACGAAGAAGAUGAAGAAACGUAAGGAACUCGACGCCUUAGCGCCUCCGCACACUGUCUCCCGCCGAAGUUCCGGGAAACGUAGCUCCCAAGAGUUACUAUCAGAUAGCAGCGACGAACGAUCGGAAUACUGGAAUGUAUCGACUAGAAAUGGCCGCAAAUGCAGAGGCAGAAGAGGUCGAGCUUGUCCUGGAUUUUUUAAAGCUUGUAGUGCCUUUCUGGCUUGUGCCUCUGUAUUAGCAACCGCUAGUUUAAUUUGGCUGUUCAUCGACGUUCGUCAGCAACUCACUGCGCUCCGGACUGAACUGGAUCAAGUGAUUGCCGGUAGCGAAGGUGUUCCCGAUGCUUUGCAGAAAUGUCACUCUUUAUCGAGGGAUCUUCAAAAUAAUCAGACCAUUAUUUUUAAUCAUUUGUCUGAUCUCAAGCUUCAAAUCAAUAAUUUUACCACGCAGUUAGCCGUUAUUCAACGCGAUCUACAUAGGGUAGAAGAGUGGUUCAAAGCAGCUCCUCAAUUAGCCAAUGUACCGAAAGACUUAAAGGCUCUAUCAAGCAGCGUCGUGUCCUUUGGUAGCCAAAUACAAGAUUUAAGUGCCACGGUAAAGACUCUGAAAGAGUCCAAUGCAAAGGUGCAAGAUGUUCAGGCAACGAUGCAACAGAACAUCAGCAGUAUCAAGAACACGAUGAUAGAAUUGUCGAACGUAACGCAAAGACCUCAAAUAGCGUCCACGAACGAGACGAAGAUAAAGACUGAUCAGUUGAACGCAACGAUUUUACAUUUAACUAAUAAUUUGUUGAACAUCAACGAGACUUUGUCUACAGCCGUACAAUGGGUCGCAGAGGAUCAAAAGAAAGAUCAUGAAAAAUUGGUGUUGCUUCAAGAAACCACGCAAAACGUUAGCAUGAAAGUUAUAUCGCUAGAGAGGGAAUGCGUGAAAAAUACGGUACUGACUUCUGUCAAGAAACUGAACGACCAAGUGAGCGAGAUGUACACAGCUAACACAGAGAUGAACAAGAUGAUAAAACAGUUGGAACAGUCGUAUGGUGAAUUAAAAAAUUCCACGAGUAUAAUGCUCGCAGCGGUACCAAACGCUCAGAGUGAAAAAUUGAAUAAAGCGAGUUUAGAAAAGUCGUUCGUUGAGCAAAUAACGACGGAACCAGAUCGCGACAUGUUAGUCCCGGAUAAUGUGUCUGUAAAAAAAUCAGCAACGGGUAAACCGAAUCGUAUGCAGUAAGUCCGUAAUAUAUUUUAAGCGAUAUAUUACGAUGGUACUUCUGUGAACGAGUAUUUCGCUUUCUUAAAGAAAAAGCGAGUCUAUUCGUGUGUCGAGAAGAAUGAUGAGAUGUGUAUUUGUAUAUACAACUAAAUUAGGUAAAUGCGUUGAAAUUUCAUGUACAUAUAUAUAGAGGAAGAGCAGAAGUGAAUAAUUAUACGAUGGAUCGUGCGUGAUCUCUCUUCUUCAGAAUAAUUGAAAAGUACAUUUUUUAAGUUGAUUAUAUCGUUGCAAGAAAAACGAUCUGCGAACCGAGCAUGAUUUAGAAAGACCUAUUUAGAAUAAGGAGCAAUAAGGUAUACGUUCAAUCUAGAUAUCGUCCAAGUAUAAAUACUAUGUAUUUAAAAGCCGUGUUACAACAAUGACAAUGCCAAUUUCUAGAGGAACAGCACGACUAUGUACGCGAUCUGAACAAAGUCAGACACACCAUCGUAAAGUACAAAGAGCCGUUUACACUUGUUCAUGUAUUACAAUACUUUCUUGGAAGGGUUCAAACCUUCAAAGUCCACGCGUGAUCGCAAUACAUUUUUCUACUCUUCUACUGUUUAUAGCGCAGACGAACCUUAGAGGAAUUUAGAGAUCUAUGUAAAUCCUUCAGAGACAUGUUAGAUCCAAUUAUUCUGUUGUAUAUAGAAUAUAUAUGUUAUUUUGUUGCGCGUAGCAUAAUGGAGCGUUAAUUGAUCAAAAAAAACAUAAUUAAGCGACACGCGAGGCAACGUGUGGCGAAUAUGAGGGUACAUUUUUUCUGAAUUUUUUAACUGAAAGACCUAAAUGGAUAUGUGUCUUGAUUGAUUUACAAGUCGCUGUUCAGGCACAUGAUUGUUUCUUACACAAAGUGACCAAUUUUUUAUCUAUGAAUUGGAAUGUAUUUCAAAGAAAAUCAAAUAUAAAAAAAAGUCGAGGGAUAUUAAAAUAACGGAAUAUAUAAGCGAGGUGUUAAGGGUAUUUUAAGAUCAUUUAUGUUUCCUUAAAUGAAAUUUAGUAUAUUAUUUGUUAUAAAGUCAAGUUGUAGAUAUAAGUACUAAUAUUUAAGAAAAGAAUAUACGCAUGGUCUUAAAAUAUCUUUAAUGUCUUUGUCUGGAUUUAGUUCCGUGUAUUUUGAUAAUCGUUCUCUUAUCUUUUUUGCCUAUAAUACAGUCGAAUUUAUUUUUUUUGAGAUACAUUCGUAUGCAGGUGGCAGUUCGAUUACCUUAUAUCGAUGACUUAGUGUAUAAAUAAUGAUAAAUAGUUCUUCGCUACUCCAUUAUGCUGUAUAAAAAUUACAUGUAAACUAACUUUAUAAAUUUGUUAAAAAUAAUGGUUUUGUUUAUUGUUUAUCCCCGAAUCUAUUGUUUCUUUGUUGCGCAUUUAUAAAUUUACAGUUUUUAAGUUAUGCUUAUAUUAUAUACGUAUAUAUAUAUAUAUAUAUAUAUAAAUAAGAUGAUAAACAGUAAUAGUGUUUGUGCACUAAGCCAUCAAUGUAGUUGAAUUUGAAAACAUCGCCCCAUCAGCAAUUCACGAUGAUCGUUAUUGUUAGACCGUGGAUGUAUGUAUAUGCGUUUAUGGUAUGUCCAAGUCCGUAUAGUGUACAUAAAACAUGUGAUCUAUAGCCUGUGGAUCUUUAUACUAUACAGACCUCGAUAUAUCAUGAAUGAUUGAACAUCUACAGUCUAAUCGUUAUGUUAUGUAAGAUUUUAAAAUCCUAUGUUUGAAUGUUGUGUAAUAAUUAGUUGUCAAAAUGGAUUAUAGAGAUUGCGAGUAAUUAUAUAAUUAAACGAAUAUUCGUUUGUACUAGCGCGGACAUAAGGAGAUAAUGUAUUUACAAGGAGAAAUAGAACGUAGAUAUAAGAAGUUAAUAAUGCAAGAGGAGGAUUAUACGAAAUUGAUGACUUUAUAAAGAGGAACAGUGAAUGCACAUAAAAUGACUAUACGUCGACGCGUGAAUAAAUAAUUGAUUACUCAAAGUAAGUUAUGUAGCUUUUUUUUCUAUUCCCUGCUAUUCACUGAAAUUCUUGAUCGAUAUUUCUUUAAUUUUGUAAUUUUGUCGUUUAAAUCACGUUCCUCGGGUUGGAGGUUCCGCUGUGUCGUUAUUUUUUAUAAACACUGUUAAAGGUAUAUUUCUACGUUUUGAUGGGUAAUUUAUAAUUUGAAAAUUGUAUGAAACAAUAGAUUUAGUUGAAAAACGUUGCGGAUUUUUAUUAUUCUUCUAAUAAUUAUUUUUAAUAAUAAAUGGUAAACUAAUUGUAUAAUAUCUGUAUUAUAAUUUUAUUAUUGUGUAACGCUAUAUUAUUUAUUGCCGAACAUAGGAAACUUCGUAACAUAUGUAUUAAAGAAAAGGAUGAACGGCGCUGAAGUGAAUAAAACGGUGCUAGUACGAGAAAAGUAAUAAAUAUUUCUGUAAAUACUAAAGUACUUUAAUAAAGAUGCUAUAAUAUA